CGAAAAAUCGGUUAAUAGCUUGUGUCGGACGUCGAACAUGCGCGCUUUAAUUUUGCUCUGCUGUGCGAUUGUUGUUGCGCCGGCGCGUGCUAAGAAUUUGGAUACAGGUUUAAUCACGAACGCCGAAUUCUUUGAACUUAUCAAAGAUUAUGUAACAGACAUUGAAACGGAGCCAUAUGGAGACACUGAGAGUGAAAUAGAAGAUGAUGACGUCAUUAAUUUGCCUGGUGGCCCGGAUGAUGAACUCGAUUUGGAAUUUUUAGCAGACAAACUUGGUCUGAUAAAACGUCCUGCUGAAUCAAGUGAGAUAGAACGCCAUCACCAUCAUCAUCAUCACCAUCAUCAUCAACACCAUCGCUUCCACCGCCAUUCGACCUUCAGCUGUCACUGUAGGCACUACAGUUGUAAAUGCUGCCUGCAUCAUACGUUCAAGGUCAACCUUAUCUUCCACAAGGUGAAAUUUCGUCUGCAUGCUUGUCUACAGGUGGCUUAUUUACGGAGAUAUCACGGUUUUGAAAUAACCUUCACCAUGAACGGACGUCGUCUGCUACACAAAGAAUACUCAUUGAGACAUCCCCCAUCACUCUGUUAUGGUGUGCCUGGUUUAAGAAGAUUUGCAAAGAUAUGCCUUCAACUGUACAACAUCAACCUGUCGCGAAAGAGAAUUUGUGCCAGGCUGACUGGUGUACUUGACCUGAAGUUUAAGAAGUUCCGAGUACAUUUGAAAUUAGGCUGCUUCAGGAUACCGAUCAUGGACGAAGAAGCGCUUACAAGUCUUCUCAAUGACAAAGACUUUCUGCAAGCCAGCAUGCAAGCGUCUGAUGACGAUAGCGUCGAAAUUGAACCACGUGACUUUAUCGAGAUGUUUCUAGAACACGCUACAAAAGAUGGCAAUGAAAACAGCUUAGAAUUCUCAGAGGAAUUGGAGCAAAAGAACGAAAAGGAGAAAGACGGACAAGAUGAAAUGUUGAACGAAGAAUACAUUUAGAAGUCUAGAAUGAUACUGAUACUAUUUUUAGAUAUUUAUUCAGCAAUGUCAUAUAUUCUACAACGUAUAUUUGACUUUAUGAACUGAACUAGAACGAGUUUUAUAUAUGACGUAUAAAUGUUUAUAUUUUAUAAGCCACUGGAAACUAAGUCCGUAUUAAAUGUGUCGUAUGUGGGCCUAUAAAAAGCAAAUAUAUUAAACAAUGAUUAACUUAUAUUUGAUAUUUUUUGUUCUUUUUAUUUAUAUAAAAAGAAAAUAUUUCUCGUUGUUGAAACUUUGUUUUAAUAUUAUAUAAUAAUAUUCAAUUGAAUAAGUUCUUAAUUUUCUGAGAAAUAAGUUUUCUUUAAUUUUAAUGCCCUUGAAAUUGUGCAACUACAAAAACAGAAAUAUUUUCCUCUAGGCAAGAUAGCAUUGGAGGCAAAUAUAUCCACCAUAUUUUUUUCCAUUUUGUUAAAGGCAUACUAUGCCUCAGAAAUGCUACUAAAUUUAUUUCACAAAAAAAAACUUUAAUUUUU